UGCAGAAGUGAGGAAAGAAACAUGUCGAGCAGGUACUUCCACUGCUGCCGUUCCGGACUCUAUCAUGAACUUAAAGUCACUGUUUUAAAUGAUUUAGUUUCCAGGAGCAAGAGGCCCUUGGAAGACUUUCAAGAGGGAGAGCGAGCCCUGCAGUCAGACGUUAAGAAACAGCGGUGCGGCUCCCCCUUCCCGUCUCAAAAGACAUCUCUAGCUUCUGCAGUUCCUUCAUCUCCAAGCAACGGAAUAGCAGGUUCUCAGGUUUAUUCCAUGGUCCCCGACGGAGAGAGUGACGACAGCGAACUGGAUGUCACCUUACUGGAAUGUUCUGAUGGGGAGUUUCCCGACUCCCCCUUCUCAGGGACCCUUGAAGAUGAGGAUAGGCUUUUGGCAGAAGACCCGGAGACCGACACAAGUGAUGUAUCAUCAGGGUUCAGUGGAAAGGAAGUGGGCGGUGCUUUUGCUGCAGUGUCCUUUGUGGUCACUCAGCUGCAGAGUGUUUCUAGGGCCCCAGGUGCGAGUCUAGAGCCUCUCCCUCCGACCGGCCUUUCAGUCCACCCUAGCGGUGUUCUCGCUAACAGCAGUGCUCCUGUGAAUCCAGAGAGAGGAAUCAAUGCAAGCGUAGAUUCUCAAAAUCAAAUGGGCCUCAAUUUGAGUCCAGACAGGCUUGGUCUUCAAGCUGCCAUGUCAAUUGAGGCAGGUUCUUUUAGUAUAAGGGAAGGGGACAGUGGAUCUGGGGUAGUGGAUAAGGGAGCUGCUCAGACAGUAGGAGAGGAGGCACCGGUUGUGAGCCCUUUAAUGGCCAAGCGUGAAUUUGCUAGUGUGGUGACUGACAGGCCCUCUGAGGGACAGGCUUUCGUAGAGCAAAGCGAGGUAGGGGGAGAGAGUGCCAGCAACCCACCCUGUGAGGGAGCAUCAAACUCUGCCACAGAAGUUCCGCCGGAACACUUCACCACUGUCCAAAAUGAGGAUCAUGCAGAAGACCCCAGCCCGGAAGAACCUGAAGACCCCUACCCUGAUGAUUCCAGGAGACGGCGAAUAUCCAUCCCAGAAGACCGCCUCCAGUGGAGCAAGGAGAAAUACGUCGCAGAUGUAGUUGCCCACGCUCACCAUGCUAGCAUCAUAGGCGCUGUUAACGAAUUGCAGGAGCUGAUGAGGGAGGUCGCUUCUGAAUGCCUCUCCCGGGACUGCAACUACAGGCACCCAACAGACUUGACUGUGAGGAACUACGCCCAGCGAAGAAACAGAAAAGUCAAGAAGUGCAGCCUUGAAAAGUGGAGGGACAGGAACCAGCGCCAUUACCGUCGUUUCGCAGGCAUCCCCGACAAGUUCGAACGCAGCCCUAUCCCUAGCCGUUAG